AUGAAACAAAGAGAGGACCCUGAUUAUGACAAGCUGUUCAAGGUGAGACCAUUUGUUGACAAAAUCAAACAAGGUUUUUCAAUUACUAAACCUGAGGAAUAUCAUUCAGUGGAUGAAUUAAUCAUUCCUUUCAAAGGUCAUUCAUCCCUGAAACAGUAUGUAAAAAGCAAACCACACAAGUGGGGUAUAAAAGUUUUUGCCUGUGCUGGUUCUAGUGGAAUUGUGUACGAUUUCGAAACAUACCGAGGGAAGGGAACUGUACAUAAUGAUACUGGUCUUGGUAUAAGUGGUGAUAUUGUGAUAAGGCUUGUGGAAGGACUGCCAAAAUAUAAAAAUUUUAGAGUGUUUACAGACAAUUGGUUCACUUCUUACAAUCUUAUUUCUGCCCUGAAAAACUAUGGCAUUUUGGCUGUUGGAGCUGUUAGACUCACAAGACUUCAAGGCUGCAAUCUAAAAGCAGACAGUGAGCUGAAAAAGCAGGGACGAGGAGCAUACGAUUAUCGAACUGAAACAGAAAGGAACAUCACAGCGCUGAAGUGGUAUGAUAACAAAUCCGUCGUUCUUGCAUCAUUAUACAAAGGAGUAAGUCCAGUAGAACCUGUGAAACGUUGGUCAAUGGGAGAACUAAAAUAUAUUGAUGUUCCGGGGCCAGACAUUGUUAGAGAACAUAACCCUUCGAUGGGAGGAGUUGAUCUGCACGACAUGCUGCUUGCUUUGUAUAGGAGUAAUAUUGGUGUGAAAAGAUUUUAUCUAAGGAUCGUAUUCCACCUCCUUGACAUGUGUGUGGUGAAUGCGUGGCUCCUAUACCGCCGACAUUGCAGACAAAGAGGAAUUACCAAACACAUGUCUCUGUUGAUUUUUCGGUCUGAUGUAGCUCAUGGACUACUAAAAGCAGGAGACAUUUUGGUAAGAAGACGAGGAAGGCCAUCAGAUGACAGUCCAUCGCCUACAGUUGUGAAGAAACGAGCCGCAUUGUUUCCCAGCACAAUUGAUGAUGUGAGGUACGACAACAUUGGACACUGGCCACAGCAUGUAGAAAACAAACAGAUGCAAAUUGUUCAUUACAGCAUAUUCUCGAACGAAAUGCAUCAAAUGUAA